AUGCCAUUAGGUGAUUCCACAGUGACCAUGGUUCAUCAAGGCAAUCAGUUUGUAGCUAGGAGCCUUGGUUUGACAAAGGCCAUUUGGGUUUUGGGAUAUGACACCAAAGGGACCUAUCCUCCGAGAUUUGGACAACGUGUCUCUGCGCUUUAUGAGCGCUUCUGCACGAAGCGUGAAGCGUACCCUCCUGAGUGGGAUUCUGAUACGAUGAAUAUCUUGAAAGCUAAAGAGGUUUUUGCAAUGGUUUCCUGGGAGUCAGAUGAUCUCUGGGAAGACGCUGGUUUGAAAGAUGUCUUCUGUUACUUGAGAGGCUCAAAGAGCCUAGUGCUUGGGGAUUGGCGACCAUAUUUCCCAACCACCAUAUAG